UUUUUUAUUUUUGAAAAUUGUUUACUUGUAAUAAUAUCCUAAAAGCAACAUUGGAUAUAAACGAUUCUCCGUCUUUGCCACUCCCGCCUUCUUCCAUCGUUUUCCUUUUCGCCUCAUCGUUCUCCUUUCACUGCCCGCUCCGCCAGCCGAUCUCAGCAUAAUAUCUGCGGAGAAGCGGAAAUUCUUCCUACGAGAAUCAGAGGAGCGGUGGGUUAUGGCGAAUAUUACAUCUCUAAUGAUCUCCAUUCGCCAAAACUCACGACUUGUGAAAAACCUUGGGAUCCACAUCCGGAAUCUCUCGGUGGAAAUGAAUGGAGGCAAAGAUGGGUGUGAAGAGAUUAAUCUGAGUGAGAAAUUGUUGAACCCUACUCACAGCCAAGACGUCACUGAGAUAUCUAAAGAGGUUUGUAAGGUCAUCAGGAGCAAACCCAAAUGGGAGCAGACUCUGCUCUCUGAUUACCCUUCUUUCAAUUUCCACGACCCUUCUUUUUUUCGCGAGCUAUUGAAGCAGUUAAACAAUGCUUUGCUUUCGUUGAGGUUUUUUCUUUGGCUGAGUUCUCAGCCUGAGUUCUUGCCCCAUCCAGUCAGCUGUAACACGCUUUUUGAUGCCCUUUUGGAGGCCAAGGCUUGUGUUCCCGCUAAAUCUUUUCUUCAUUCUUUCGGUUUUAGUCCGGAGCCUGCUUCUUUGGAGAAUUACAUUCGAUGUGUUUGCGAGGGUGGAUUGGUUGAGGAAGCUGUUAAUGUAUUUGAUGUGUUAAAAGAGGCUGGAUAUCGUCCAUCCAUUGAGACAUGGAACUUUGCUUUCCAGAGUUGUCUUAAGUUCGGGAGGACUGAUCUUAUUUGGAAACUGUAUGCAGAGAUGAUGGAAACUGGCGUGCAAGCGGAUGUGGGGAUUGAGACUGUGGGGUAUCUUAUCCAAGCGCUUUGUAGUGAUAACAACGUUUCAAAAGCUUAUGAGCUUCUAAGACAGGCUUUAGAAGAUGGAUUAGCCCCUUCUAAUGAUGCUUUCAACAAAUUGAUUUCGGUGUUCUGUGAGGAGAAGAAUUAUGACAGAGUAUCAGAGCUUCUUCACACAAUGAUAGCUAAGAACCGUAAUCCCGAUAUUUUUACCUAUCAGGAAAUCAUUAACGGGCUCUGCAAGAAACACAGGCAGCUGCAGGCAUUUCAGGUUUUUAACGGCCUCAAGGAUCGGGGUUAUGCCCCUGAUAUGGUCAUGUAUACAACAAUGAUUCAUGGCCUUUGUAAGAUGAGCUGGCUUGGAGAUGCUAGAAAGCUGUGGUUUGAGAUGGUUGAUAAGGGAUUUCUUCCAAAUGAAUAUACGUACAACACAUUGAUUUAUGGAUUUGGUAAGAUUGGUAAUUUGGAUGAGGCCUUGAAGCUAUAUAAGGAAAUGCAUGAUAGAGGUUAUAAAGAAACCACUCUGAGCUGCAACACAGUGAUUGCAGGUUUGUGUCUACAUGGAAGGACAGACGAAGCGUACAACUUCUUUCGAGAAAUGCCUUGCAAGGACGUAGUUUGCGAUGUUGUAACAUACAAUACCCUGAUUCAAGGAUUUUGCAGAGAGGGGAAGAUACUGCAAUGCAGAGACCUAUUCAAGGAGCUGCUAGAGAAGGGGUUGCAGCCUUCAACUUCCUCUUAUACUCAUCUCAUUCAAAAGCUUUGUCAAGUGGGUGAUGUGCAAGAAGCAAAGAAAAUGUGGAAUGACAUGCAUAAUAGAGGUCUUCAGCCAAUGGUGUGCACUCGCGAUCACAUCAUUAAUGGAUUAUGUGAGCAAGGAUGUGCGGUAGAGGGGGUGGAGUGGUUGAUGACUAUGUUGAAGAGCAAUCUCAAGCCUCAAAAGCAAACUUUUGAUAAGUUGGUACAGAGUCUCACUCAAAUAGGUAGAUUAGAUGAUUCUUUAUUGGUCAUAGGCUCAAUGUUUAGAGUAGGUUAUAAACUAGAAGAAGGCACUCUCAGUUGUCUCUUGAAUAAACUAUGUGAAAACAAGCAUCAGUUUGCUGAAUCACAAUUAGAGGAAAUCAUAAAUUUCAAUUAGUAGGAGAAUCUAUAUAUGUUCUCAGGAGGCCAGUUUAAGAUGGUUGUACUCCUGACUAGAAAGUGCGGAGAUUGGAAGCUGUUGAACUUGCUUAGAAGUGCCUGUCAUCGAUGGUUUAAGGUAGAUCCGAAGGCUGAUUUGGGUCGUAAAUUUGCUCAAGUUGUUGGGGUGGACCAUCCAUCUGCAUGAAUAUAUCCAAGUUUCUCUCAGAGGGCAUGGGGCAAAUUGAUGAACUUUAUUACUCAUCUUUAAACCAUGUUCUGGAUCAUGCUUCUCAUUUACGCUUGAGGAACUCAUUGAAGCUGGAAGCAUAUGAGAAGGGGUCUUUUCAACCCGAAACCUGUUCUUGCAUUGACCAAAUAGCCUUUCCAACUCCUCAUGUCAGCUGGGAAAAAUGAACUCAACUUGAUGUGGAAAGAGUUUAGAACCUUGUGUUUUAUCAAAGAACUCUCGGUUAUGGCAGGGCAGGUAGGGAACCUCUUCACAACUUGCAGUGUUUGCUUUGCUUUCAUUCAGGUGUUCAUUAGCUGCAGUUAGAAUUUUAAGAUGGACGGCAAAACUUUGAAAGAACUAUACCAUUUGACAGACAGUGACAAAUCCUCUAGCAAUUUUUUCCCCACUUUCUCUGAUUGAUCAACUGCUCUUUGCUAAGGCCGAUUACCCCUACUUUACAAAAUAUGUUGGAUCAUUCUCAUCUUCGAAACACAGCUCUCCAUGUGUCCUUUUCCACCCACCCACCCACCAAGGGAAGAAAAAGAACUUGUCUGUGAAGCCCAUAGUUCAGACAGGCCAUCAUCAUCAUCAGGGACAUUUACGAGCA